AUGUCGGAUUUCAUGGAUCAAAAGGUCUUCGACAAUGCGACCGCAGAUGAUGUUGCUCUUGAGCAACAUGGAUACCAGCAAGGCGCUGAAAGCGGUGGACCUCCAGUCAUGAUCUGGUCAUGGGUCGGAGUCUGCGUUUUCACAAUGGCUGUCGCUCUUUCGAUGGCCGAGAUGUGUUCAGCAUACCCCUUAGCUGGCGGUCAAUACUCAUGGGCUGCUAUCCUAGCGCCUCGUAGCUGGUCGAAAGGAUUGUCAUAUGUCUGUGGAUGGUUCAUGUUGAUCGGCAUCAUUGCUAUGGGUGCUGUCGUCAACUUUAUCGCUUCUGGCUUCAUCCUUGCAAUGGCUGUCCUCAACAAUCCAGAUUAUGAGAUCACUCGCUGGCAUUCGACUCUGGUCGCCUAUGCAAUUGCCCUUGCUGCUCUCUCCCUCAACGUUCUGUGCCCACAAAUGUUGCACAAGAUGACCAACUUCUUUCUCAUUUGGAACAUGGGAUCUUUCCUCAUCAUUUUCAUCACCAUCCUCGCCACAAACGACCAUAAGCAAACUCCCAGCUUUGUCUUCUCCGAAUUUCAAAACUUCACUGGCUUCNNCAACAAGCCGUACGCCGCCAUCUUGGGUCUGCUGCAGUCGGCCUUUGGCAUGUGCUGCUACGACGCGCCAUCGCAUAUGACUGAGGAGAUCAACGAUGCCAGAAAAGUUGCUCCCAAGGCGAUUGUUCUUUCUGUCUCGCUUGGUGCAGUUACUGGAUUUGCAUUCUUGAUUGCGGCAUGUUUCUGUAUGGGAUCAAUCGACGGCGUGGCAGAAAGUGCGACUGGUGACCCAAUUGUCCAGAUCUUCUACGACUCGACACAAUCUGUCGCUGGUGCUUCGUGCUUGACCUUCUUGAUGGUUAUGAUUCAGUUCUUCUCGGCAAUCUCGCUACUUGCUGAAGGUGGUCGUGCAGUCGUAAGUGAUGUGGAUCAUAUAUGCUGGGCUUUAUUAACAUUCUUUUACAGNUAUGCAUUUGCCAGAGAUCAUGGCCUCCCUUUUUCAGACGUUCUCAGCAAAGUACACCCCAAGAAGCAAGUGCCAAUCUACGGCAUUCUUUUGACUUUUGUCGUACAAAUAGCCUUGAACUCGAUCUACUUUGGCACAGUUACGGGCUUCAAUACCGUCGUCUCAAUCGCCACAGAAGGCUUCNNUGUAAGACUCAGCACACUUGUUUCUACAUGCUGCCAUCCACUAACAAAUCGGUUGCAAUCAGACGUCUCUUACGCUAUCCCAAUCCUUCUCCGCGUCAUUGCUCCCCUCACCUCCUCAACCACAUCGACCAAAUUCGAAGGCCCAUGGAACCUCGGUCGCUGGAGUAUGCCAAUCAACAUCAUGGCUCUGGUGUAUCUGCUCUUCACAUCCAUUACAUUUAACUUCCCCACUCUCAAGCCAGUGGACUCGGAGAACAUGAACUACACUUCUGCAGCGGUGGGCGUAGUCAUGCUUGUUGCAUUGAUCACAUGGUUUACGACCGCAAAGGGACAGUUCAGGUGUCCUGGUGUGAGCGAAGAGAUGGUCAUUGUUAGUGCGCCGCAUGCGGAGGUUGAGGAAGAAACUCAAGUGGUAGGGAACGAGAAAGCAAAGACUGCAUAUUGA